AUGAAGAGAUAUUUGUCUACCAAUUCCAAACUACUAUAUGAAUCGAUGAAAUCCAAUGUCACUCGAUCAAUUCAACUCACUGAUACGGAACAUAAUAUCCGUAAUACCCUUGUAAAAUAUUGUAAUCAUUAUAAUCAAACAAAUCAUAAUAAACCAUUAACAUUAAGAAUAACAGGUGGAUGGGUUCGAGAUAAAUUAUUAGGUUAUGAUAGUCAUGAUAUAGAUAUAGCUGUGAAUAACUUAACAGGUGAAGAAUUUGUUCAUGGACUUCAAAAUUAUCUACGAACUAAUGAACCAGAAUUAUCAAUGAAUCAUGUACAUACAAUUAAAAUGAAUCCACAAAAAUCUAAACAUUUAGAAACUUGUACUACAAAAUUAUAUGGGAUAGAUCUAGAUUUUAUUAAUUUAAGAUCAGAAGAGUAUACAGAUGAUAGUAGAGUACCGUCAAUAGAAUUUGGAACUCCAUUACAAGAUGCAUUAAGAAGAGAUGCUACAUUAAAUGCAUUAUUUUAUAAUUUGAAUGAACAAGAGAUAGAAGAUUUUACUGGAAAAGGUAUGGAAGAUUUAACAAAUGGAGUAUUGAGAACUCCCCUUCCACCAAUUAAAACAUUUUUAGAUGAUCCAUUAAGAAUAUUGAGAUUGAUUAGAUUUGCAAGUAAGUUUAAUUUUUUAAUAGAUUCAGAAACAUUAGAUGCAAUGAAAGAGAAACAUAAUCAAGAAGCUCUUUCUACAAAAAUAAGUAAAGAAAGAAUAGAAAUUGAGUUGAGAAAAAUAUUAACAAGUUCAAAUCCUGGAUACGGAUUACAAUUGAUAAAUUAUUGUGAUUUAACUAGUAUUAUAUUUUUUGUUAAACAGUUGAAAAAUGAAUUUGAAAGUGAUGAGUUGGAAAGGUCACUACAACAAAUACCACAUCAUGUAAAUAUAGCAAGCUCCAUAUACCUUACUUUUGAACAAUUAAUUUUAAAGUCAUCAAUAAAACACAUUUUUCAAAAAUUUUUAAAAGACCCAGAUAUGAGAUAUAAUUUUUGGCUAUCAAUAAUUUUAAACCCUUAUGUAAAUGUUUCACUGAAAGAUAUUUUCAGUCAAUUUUUGAGGUUAGGAUUAACUGCAAAGAAAAGUGACAUUGUUAAAAUUACAACCAUCAAUUUGGCAUCUCAUGAUAUUUUAAAGAAUGAUUCAAAUAUACGAUCUGAUUGGGGAAUUUAUUUACGUCAAUUUUCUUCAUUUUAUGAUUUAAAUUUAUUAGUGCAAUGCUUUUUGGAAUGUGUAAAUGCUAUAAAAGUUGAUAUACCACAUGAAAUACCAAUACCAAAUCAUAAGUUACAAACAUCAGAUAGUCAAAGAUCGAUAAUUUUGGGUGUUAUCACCAAAUAUGAGUCAAUAUUUGAUAAAAUCACAAAAAUGAAUUUAUUGGAUGUUUAUCUAAUGAAACCAUUAAUAGACGGUACAUCAUUAUCCAAACAUUUUCAAAUGAAACCAGGACCUUGGUUAAAACCAGCUACAGAAGAAGUUUUAAAAUGGCAGCUAGAUCAUCCAAAUGGUUCAAAAGACGAAUGUUUAGAGUAUAUAAAGCAUGUAGUACAAAAGUAA